CAACAUGGUGGAGGAGAUCCUCGUCCGCCUACCGGAGGAGCAGCACCUCCGCCGCGCCAGCGCCGCCUGCCGCCGCUACGGCGACAUCAUCCGCCGCCCCGGCUUCGCCACCCGCCACCGGGAGCUGCACUCGCCGCUCCUCUCCGGCGGCGUCGUCCUCCACGGCGUGCGGCGCCGCUGCCCCCGCGUGGACGGCACCGCAGCCCACGUCCGCGGAUCCUACGCCUUCUUCCUCCCCGCCGGCGCCGGCGACGCCUCCGCGUCUUCCUCCUUGGAGUUGGACCUCGCCGGCCUCUUGCCUAGCCCCACCGACAGGGAGCUGGCCUACCUGCUCAGCACCGGCGCCGCCGAUCCGGACGCCGCCCGCAGGAGCGUCUUCAUCGUGCACUCGUCGUCGUCGGCCGGCCUGCUGCUGUGCUGCCGAGGCUAUGUCAACCCGGUGCAUUACUACGUCUGCGACCCGGUGGCUCGCCGGUGCGUGGCCCUCCCGGAGCUGCCAUGGCCGCCCGCCUUCGACAAGUCCGGCAUGCUCUCGGUGGCUGCCGGCGGCGGCGGCGGCUUCCAAGUGGUCCUCUUUGAAAAGAGGGGCUUCGCGCAUGGUGGAGGGCACCUAGACCUCGAGGUUUUCUCCUCGGACUCCGGCGAGUGGGCGGCGAUGCGCAUCCCUCGCCCGCAGGACCUCGCCGGGUUCCGGUGCUUCGCGCCGCCGCACCUCCGGCACGACGGCGCCGCGGCGUACUGGCUCGGGUUCGAGCCCAGGGACCGGGCCGUGGUGUACGGCGCCGCGGACCACUCCAUCCGCCUCAUCCCGGUGCCACGCCGCGUCCACGACCCCAGCGCGCUCAACCGGUUCGUCGGGGAGCGGCGCGGCGGCGCGCUCCUCCGGUACGCGCACUUCGACGCGGCAGAGUUCGAGGUGUGGGACACGGACGACGCCACGCCGACGCGGUGGGCGCUGGUGCACCGGGCGGCGCUCAAGGACGUGGUGGCCCGCAGCCCCCGGGCGGUGGCCGCCAAAUUCGUGCACGGUCGCAUCGUCCGGCACAUCCACCACCACGACGCGAACUGGAACUGGUGCUCCUCCUUCAAGCUCAUCGGCUUCGACCCGGUCCACGACGACGACGUCUUCUUGUUCGGGGCGACCAAUGGUAGUGGAUGCGUCGCCGCCUACUCCCUCACGCUCGGCAAGCUGAGCCUCCGCUGCAAGAUUGACACUGCCGACGGCUCGUCCUCCUUGUGCGGCUGUGACAUGUUCCCGUACGUACGCGCGUCCACCACCUCGCCCCGUGCGGACAUACCAGGCAUGGUGUAUACCAAUGCCUAGAGUGGAAUAUAUAUCAUGCAUGUUUGUACACCAGCGUGUAGGUUCAUAAACUUGACAUAAUGAACUUCUCUUU